AUAUUCUCACAUAAUGAAGGAACAGUUUACGUUGUUAGCAGGGAGUUGAAUUGCUUUCUAUUUCGAGCCUAUGAUAUAUGCAUCGUUCUGAUGCAUCAGUUAAAGUCGAGAAAUAUUUUAAUCACUAUUGGGCUUGACCAAAUCAAUGUUUAUCCCUUAAUCAAAAUGUGGGAUUUCGACAAGCUCGAUGACUGUGGAAUUCCGGCUUGUUGCAGAAGCAUGCCAAUGGUUGUCGAUAAAACGCCUGUGCCUGUAACUUGCCUUUCCGCUCUUGAUUCCUUAUCUCACUUGGCAAUUGGAUUUGCUAAUGGUUCUGUUGUACUUCUACAUGGUGAUGUCAUGAUCGAAAAAUAUUGCAAAUCAAGAGUUGUCCAUAGCGAUAGAUAUCCUGUUACAGGCGUCGUUUUGAAAAAGUCAGAUAAACAGAUUGUGGUCUUCAUAGCUACAACAGACUCUAUCAUAUCUUAUAUUAUAUCACAUAAAGAUCAUAAGACUAUGUUAAGUGCUGAAGGCUGUCAGCUUCGAUGUUCUAUACUAAGUAGUCCACUUCAAGAACAACAGCUAGUUGUAGCUCGAAACGAAGCAUUAUACUUCUUCCAAACUGAUGAAAGGGGACCCUGCUUAGCUUUUACCGGCGAGAAAGUAUUCCUGAGAUGGUUUAGGAAUAGUUACCUCAUUGUAGUUAGCAAGGAGACUAAGGCAUCUCUUCCUAGAAGUGCUGGGGGUACUGUACGUUCUACUUAUAUGCUAACCAUCUAUGAUAUCGUGAAUAAACUCAUAGCUUUCUCGGCACCAUUUGUUGAAAUUACUGAUGUUUUGAUCGAGUGGGGUUCCGUUUAUGUUGUAUUAGGGGAUAAUACAAUUUGUAGCUUGGAUGAGAAAGACCUUCAAAAUAAGUUGGAUAUACUAUUUAAGAAAAAUUUCUACAGUAUGGCAGUUAGCUUAGCAAAAAGUCAAAAUUAUGAUGCAGAAGGCUUAGCUGAUAUCUUUACGCAAUACGGAGAUCAUUUAUACGGUAAAGGCGAUUAUGACGGAGCAAUCUCACAAUAUUUGAAAACAAUUCGAUAUUUGGAACCAUCAUAUGUUAUUAGGAAGUUUCUCGAUGCUCAAAGGAUACAUAAUUUAACUUUAUAUCUAGAGGAGCUUCAUGAGCAGCAAUCAGCAAACUCUGAUCAUACGACCCUACUUUUAAAUUGCUAUACAAAAUUAAAGGAUGUUAACAAGCUCGAUCAAUUUAUUAUGACUGAUAAAGAACUAAAUUUCGAUGUUGAGACUGCAAUUAAGGUAUGCAGACAAGCGGGCUAUUAUAAGCAUGCAACGUACCUAGCCAGGCGAUGCAAAAUGCACGAUUGGUAUUUAAAAAUCCAACUUGAAGAUACAAAAGACUAUGAUAACGCCCUUGGAUAUAUAAAGAGACUGCCUUCUGACGAGGCACAGAGUAAGCUCAAAAAGUAUGGGAAAAUGUUAAUAACAUUUAAACCGAAGGAAAUAACGGAUUUUUUAAAGACGUUUUGUACCAGAGCCAAAUCUCCAGAUGGUGGUAAAAAAACGUCACCCGAAUCCUUUAUCCAUAUUUUUAUAAACCAUAAUAAGCAAUUAAUAGAAUUUCUGGAACAUCUAAUGCGUGCACAAGGCCCCCUUCCUACAUCUCUAUGCAAUACACUACUAGAAUUAUAUUUAGAAGAAAUGGACAAGGAAAACGAUACUGCGGUAAAAUCAAAGCUUGAGAAAGAUGCUAUUAGCCUACUUACGAACCAUGAGGCAAGAUACAACGUUGAUCACGCAAUGGUUCUUGCUCAGAUGCAUAAUUUUAGAAAAGCGGUGUUGUACCUAUUUAAGAAAGCACAGUUAUAUCAGCCCAUUCUUCGCUAUCAAAUGGAAGGUAACUGCUAUUCAGAUAUAAUUGCUCUUUGCAAGGAAUUUGGCAAUAAUGAUCCUAGUCUUUGGACGCAAGCUCUUACUUACUUUGCUGAUAAAGAGAAUUGUAAGGAUCACGUAGCUGAAGUCCUCUCUCAUAUCCUAAUAAAUCUUUUGCCUCCUUUGUUUGUUAUACAAGCUUUAGCACGUAAUUCAACAGCAACUGUUUCGAUCAUAAAGGAUUACAUGAUCCGUCGUUUACAAAAAGAAAAUGCGCAAAUUAGUGAAGAUGAAAGACUUGCUAAACAAUACCAGGAGGAGACAAUAAAAAUGCGUCAAGAAAUCGAAGAGCUAAAAACAAGGCAAUCUGCUAAAAUAUUUCAAGCAUCAAAGUGCAACGGCUGCGGUAAAGACUUGGACCUUCCUGCCAUUCAUUUCUUAUGCGAACAUUCAUUUCAUUUGAUGUGUUAUGAAAGCUACACAGACGCGGAGUCUGAAUGUCCACUUUGCUCACCUGAUUAUCGUAAAAUCACUGAAGCAAUCCAAGCCCAGCAGCAAGUUAAAGGUCUUCAUGAGCAAUUUCAUCAACAGUUGGAAAGAUCAACUGACUCUUUCUCAGUGGUAUCAGAAUACUUUGGUCGUGGUGUUUUUAAUAAGGUACUGAUUAUAUGCUCAACGAUAAAAUAUUCUCCGUGA